AUGGCGGCUUUUUUCUUUGUUUCUUUCAUCCAACCACUAGUCCCCCACCUGGGGCACCUGUACUCAGCUGUUCUGGCAGACACAGUUCACAGGUGGCAGCAGCUGAAGGGGGCAGCUGGAUCCAUCUUCUCUACAGGCACAGAUGAACAUGGCUUAAAGAUCCAGCAGGCUGCAGUGGCUCAUGGGAAGGGUCCUCGGCAGUUCUGUGAUGAGGUGUCACAACAUUUCAGGGAUCUCUUCAGCAAGAGCCACGUCAGACACACAGACUUCAUACGCACUACUGAGUCCAGACACAGGAAGUCUGUGGAACACUUCUGGAGAAAGCUCCAGUCUGCCGGUUAUAUCUACCAGGGGAAGUAUGAAGGCUGGUACUCUACUUCAGAUGAAGCCUUUGUACCAGACAACAAAGUCAUUGACAGUAUGGACAAGACUACAGGCAAAAACAUCAAGGUUGCCAUAGAAACAGGUAGCCCAGUAGAGUGGAUGAAGGAGGAGAACUACAUGUUCCGUCUGUCAGAGUUUGGACCCCGGCUCAUGCAGUGGCUCGACUCCAAUCCUAGAGCUGUGUACCCCUGUAAGUACCGGUCCCUGGUACGAGGCUGGUUGGAGGAGGGGCUGGAGGACCUGUCUGUGUCCAGACAGAGAGACCGCCUGCCCUGGGGGAUUCCUGUACCUGAUGACCCCAGCCAAACGGUGUAUGUGUGGCUGGAUGCUCUGGUGAACUAUCUGACAGUCUGUGGUUACCCUGACAACCACCACACCCACUGGCCAGCCGACUGCCACGUGGUCGGAAAGGAUAUUGUCAGGUUCCAUGCUGUCUAUUGGCCAGCUUUCCUGAUGGCAGCAGGGUUAGACCCCCCGCGGAGCGUGGUCACCCACUCCCAUUGGCUGAUGGAGAGUCAAAAGAUGUCGAAGAGUAAGGGAAACGUUGUUGACCCGUUUGACAGGAUCCAGAGAUACUCUGCAGACGGACUGCGCUACUUUCUCCUCAAACAUGGGGUGCUGGAGGCCGAUGGUGAUUACUCAGAUGAAAAGGUGGUGAAAGUUCUGAAUGCAGACCUCGCAGGCAACAUCGGAGGCCUGCUGAACCGGUGCCUAGCAACAAGCCUGAACCCCACCCAGACCUUCCCAGCAUGCUCAGCAGACAUGUUCCCAGUGCAUCUUGGGAGACAGAGCAGCAGUUGGGCAACAGAAGAGGAUUACAAGUUACUCAGGACUUUACAAGAGUUACCAGGUUCCGUUAAUCAACACUAUGAAAACUUCCACGUCUACAAGGUGUUAGAAGAAACCAUGCUGUGUGUGAAACAGGCGAACGGCUUUGUACAUAGACACAAGCCGUGGAAACUUGGUGACACUCCCCGGGACCGAGAACGGGCGGGAACCAUCCUUCAUAUCGCCAUGGAAACACUGAGGGUUGCUGGGAUACUUCUACAGCCUGCUAUGCCAGACUUGAUGAGUAGACUUCUGGGUAGACUUGCGAUCGAAGAAGAUGAAAGAACGUGGCAUGAUGCUGAGGAUAUCCCGUGUGUGGAAGGGAGAGAGGGGCUGUAUGUAGGAAGAACUCUUGGAGCAGACAAAGGAGUACUGUUUCAAAGACUUGAGAGGAAAAACUGACACACAACUUUUUAUGAGCUGGCUUAAGAAGGAUCGAGUCGCAAAAUGAGCCUAUGUGACACCUUGGCCACUGUAAAGGAUAUAUGUGUAUGUGGACAUCUGUUUUCCCUUAACAACUGUGUAUCUGUUUUUAUAAGGUAAGGGGCUAUCAGAGAGGUCUGGCUAUCACCCAGAAUAUAUUACCACCACAAUCUUUUACCCCAGCACCUACUUGAUCAUUGGAGAUUGAUAGGCUCUCGUGUUUCAGUAGACCAUGUAGCAAACUACUUCUCAAUCUGAAAACUUGUGGCAACUGGCAAAACUUUUUUUCACUGGCCAAAAUUGAUGCACAUGAAGAUAUAUGUACAUGUAUCAUCAGAUUGGUCUGGAAGAAAACUUUUAUUUAGGUUGAUAUUUUAGAUGCUUCAUUUUCUCAGCAGAGCAGAGAUAAAUGUAUACUUCUGUUUUAUUUCAAACAAAUGUCAACCAUCGAUUGGUUUCCAUGAUUCUUUAUUGAGAAGUGAAAUGUGACAACAACAAAACCCUUAAAUACUGUGGACUAGCCUGUGCAGUACACACUGUUAGUUUCAUCCAUUAAUCCAUUC